CAGAAUAUUCGGUAACUACGGACAUAGCCAAGUACCCCCUGAUAACUUGUGAGAAAAGAUCCAAGGAUCUUUGAAGCACUCGGAUACCAUACCGGAUAUGCCAUGGAUGUACGUCUGUACGACGUACAGUACUACUCUAUUACGGAUGAGACCUCCAACGGCCGCCGAUCCGGAGUUGAUGGUUGUGGUUAGAGUUCUUGAAUCAGGAGCACGGAAUGUCCCUUCACGCAGCAUCAUUGUGGUCCGUGAUGCUCGGGUUGAUGGAGCUCACAGGUGCCAGAACCCUGCCUUCCUGUUCUCUUGGGCGCGCUGCCCUGAGGAGACCAGUCCAAUGGUUGGGGAAUUGGCAAUGUCCUGUGAUAAGAGAUUCCCAGAUGAGGCAACUCCUCUUACGCCUUGGGCUGAUCUUCCUAAUGAGUAAACAAUGUCCUCCAAGUAUCGCAGACACGGCACAGGCAUGUCCCAAUCAGAAGACGAAAGUUGCUGGGAGAUCGUCAUGUUUGGUCUUCGGAAGGAAAAUAAUUUCGCCCGUUGGACCUUUAAAUCUCUAAAUAAUGAUUAGAGAGGAUAAUAUCGUUUAUCUCCCAGAGCUGUUUCAUGACAACCUCUUGGCAAGGCAUCGACCCUCUCCUCUCCCUCAACUCGUGCCAAAUUGAGUCUACUAC